AUGGCGCCUGGAAUCCUGACAUAUCUGGAGCAGGCGGCCGAGUAUUCGCCGUCUAAAGGCUUCGUCUUCUAUAGUGUUGGUAAGGACCAACCGGAGACAAUCCUUUACCCCGAUUUUUGGCGCCUCGUCAAGAAAGUCGCGGUGCCUGACCGGGUUCUCCUGGUCCAUUUUGACACUCACAAAGAGAACAUCAUAUGGUUUUGGUCUGUCAUUGCAGCCGGAUGCGUUCCAGCUGUGUCUACUCCCCUAGCUGUAGACCCAGUGGCACGAGAACGGCAUCUAACUCACCUUCAGAGGCUCCUAGAGAGACCCAAUGUCCUCACCAGUGUGAAGCAUACAGAUGACUUGAGUAUCAUUGAUGACUCUCAAAAGUUUUUCAUCGAGGAUCUGGCCUCGAAUGCAGAUCAAUCUGCAGAUUAUCAACCUGCGAGCCCUUCGUCAGACCUUGCGCUGCUACUGCUCACCUCCGGCAGUACAGGUAAUGCCAAAGCGGUGAUGCUGCACCACUCUCAAAUACUCGCCGCGAUUGAAGCCAAGUGGAAGGCACUUUCAAGCACUCCGGACAACGUCUUUUUGAACUGGAUUGGGUUUGAUCAUGUUGCCUGCUUCAUGGAGAUGCACAUGCACGCGUUAUCCAGGGGCUGCCAUCAGAUUCAUCUCCCAGCCGUGACGGUUCUGGAGAACCCCAUUCUUUAUCUGGAGAAGAUGGCAGAAUAUUCUGUCACGAACGCUUUCGCCCCCAAUUUCCUCGUGGCCCUGGUAGGAAAGGCCAUCGAGGCCCAACAGGAGCGGGAUCCUCGUGCACUUGAUCUGGACUUGAGUCACUUGCGCAUUGUGCUCUCAGGUGGUGAAGCCAAUCUCACAUCGACGAGCAUCAUAUUCAACCGUAAGUUGGUCGAGAUGGGAGCCGCCAAGAAUGUCCUCCAUCCGUCCUUCGGUAUGACAGAGACUUGUGCAGGCAUCCACUAUCACUACAGCUUCCCCGAACUUGAGCAGAAGGCUAAGCUGCAAUUCUGCUCUGUGGGGCAAACAACGCCCACACUGCAGAUGCGAAUCACCGAUGAAAAUGGGGAGACGGUGAGAAGUGGCGAGAAUGGAAACCUGGAGUUGUAUGGGCCGAUGGUCUUCAAGGGCUAUUACAACGACGACAAGAACACCAAGGCUGCCUUUACCGAGGACGGCUGGUUUAAGACUGGUGACACUGGAUACAUCGAUAACAGGGAUAACCUUGUGCUGUCUGGACGGUCCAAGGACAGUAUCAUCAUCAAUGGAAUCAACUUUUAUUCUCAUGAGCUGGAGAAUGCCAUAGACUCAGCCGGGCUGGAAGGGCUUGUCCCCUCGUAUACGGUGGUUGUCUCAUCCUGGCUUGAGAAUGCAGACAGUGAAGAUGUCAUUGUCCUAUACCUUUCGAGCCAGAAAGGCACUGAAGACGACAGAAUCUUCCUCGAAACUCUUAAUUCGAUAUCCAGAAUAACUGCUCUUUACUGCUCCAAGCAGCCAGUGGAUAUCAUACCACUCCCAGUAGAGCUGCUUCCCAAAAAUUCUCUGGGAAAGCUCCCUCGCACAAAGCUCAAGCAGCAGUAUGAAGAAGGUCGUUUCAGCACAUACAGAGAUCUUGCCGCACAAAGAGCUUCUUCGUAUCGUGCACGAUCCAAGCGUGCCCCGCAGAACGACAUGGAAGAGACGCUUGCUGGGAUCUUUGCAGACGAAUUUGGCCUUGAUAUGUCCGAAGUUGGUGUGGACGACAGUCUUUAUGACAUGGGAGUGAAUAGCGUCCGGUUAAUUCGAUACAAGAGGAUCGUGGAGACUCGUCUCGGCCUAACCGAAGAAAUCCCAAUGAUCACGAUCCUGCAAAACCCGACUAUCGAAGCAUUGGCAGUUAUGCUUCAGGAUCUUCAGAAAGGCCCCAAGCCAUAUGACCCGAUUGUGCAGCUGCAGGACGGCCCAUCAAAGGCUCCUCCGAUCUUCUUCUUCCACCCCGGAAUGGGCGAAGUCCUUGUGUUCCUCAACUUCAGCAAGUACUUUGCUGACCGAAAAGUGUACGCUUUUCGAGCCCCAGGUUUUAAUCCAGGUGAAAAGAUGUUUACCACUAUCGACGAAAUGACAGAUGUCUACCUCAAGUCCAUCCGAGAGCUUCAGCCGGAAGGACCGUACAUUUUCAUCGGGUAUUCGUACGGCGCCAUGAUUGCUUUCGAAACCGCCAAAAAGGUCGAGGCUUCUGGCGAUAGAGUCGGCUUCCUUGGUAGCCUCAACCUUCCGCCACAUAUCAAGAAACAUAUCCGAGAGAUGGAUUAUGCCGAGUCGCUGCUUCAUCUCGUAUACUUCCUCGGGUUCAUUACCGAAGAGGAUGCCCAUCGUAUGUCUCCUGAUAUGCACAAGCUCCCCCAAAGCGAGGUCCUUCCAGCCAUCAUGAAAGUCUCCGAUAAAGAGCGCGUCCAGGAGCUGGCCAUGGACGAAGGAAAGAUCCGAGACUGGGCGAUGUUGUCGUCCAAGCUCCAGGAGCUAGCCCAUACAUAUGAUCCUUCUGGAACUGUGCAGGUGAUGGAUGUUUUUUACGCCAUCCCGCUGCUUUCUGUUGGUCGAGACAAGGAUGUCUGGCUCAAACAGCACCUCAUGAGGUGGAAAGAGCAUUCCAAGUCGGUUAGGUUCCACGAUGUUCCUGGCUCCCAUCAUACGAUGAUGGCAGAAGAGAAUGUCUUUGCAUUGCAUAAGAUUCUCCGGGCCGCAUUGAACGAGCGCGGAAUGCUUUGA